GAGAAAUCCAUCGUGCCUUGGGCAGACACCAUGAGACCCCUGCUGCUGCUGUUAGUCAUUCCUGGCGUUGCACUGUCUGCGAGGAUCCUGGGCAUCAACCCCUCGGCGUCCAUCAGCCACCAGAAGCCGUUCCUCAUCAUCAUGCGUUCUCUCGCAGAGAGGGGGCACCAGGUGACCGCCAUCACCACCAACCCGAUAGAGGAUCCGCCAAAAAAUUUGACUCAAAUUGAUAUGUCAUUUACAUAUCCGACAGAAGGUCAAUUGAUGGACGUUAAGGAAAUGAUGCUCAAUGUAUUGAAAUCCCCUCCAGAAAAGCUAGCUGAGAUGCUGCUUCCUUACAACGAAAUGUUGUGCGAUGCCCAUUUCAACCAUUCUGAAAUAAAGGAGCUACUGAGGCAGGAGCAAAAGUUCGAUUUGGUCAUUAUGGAGACUGUGACUCUGUUCUGCUAUUUUGGAUUUGUUCACCAACUGGGCUCGCCACCGGUUGUCGGCUUCCUCUCGGUUGGUGUUCCUGGCACUAUGAGUUACACCCUGGGAGACUACGUGAACCCUGCAUACAUGCCGGAGAUCAUGACGUCCUACAGCGACCACAUGACAUUCUGGCAGAGGCUGCAGAACACGUUUUCCUUCCUCAGGCAGAUGUAUUCCAGUUAUACUGUUAUCAACCCUGAAAACGACAGGUUGAUACGCAAGUACUUUGGACCAGACGUUCCUCCUCUAAGCGAGAUGUUUCUAAACAUCAGUCUUAUACUUGCGAAUAACCACUUCAGUGCCAGUUACCCUCAGCCACGUUCCUCAGGUGUAGUAGAAAUGACUGGUCUGCACAUAGAAAAGAAGCGAAAGCCCUUACCGAAGGAAAUCCAGCAGUUUCUGGACGGAGGUGAACACGGAGUCAUCUACUUCAGCUUGGGGUCGAACAUGAGAAGUAUUUUCCUCUCUGAAAAAGUCAUAAAGGCAUUGCUGGAAACUUUCUCUGAGCUACCGCAAAGAGUAUUGUGGAAGUUUGAGGACGAUAAUUUGCCCGGAAGGCCGGAGAACGUGAUGAUCGCGAAAUGGCUACCACAGCAUGACGUACUAGCUCAUCCGAACAUCCGCCUGUUUAUCACACAGGGCGGUCUGCAGAGUUUCAACGAGGCAUCGUAUUUCGGAGUUCCUCUUCUGGGAAUACCCUGCUUCGGAGAUCAGCCCUAUAACGUUGCAAAGAUGGUUAGCGCAGGAAUAGGCGAGAAGCUGGAACUGGACGAAAUCACCAAAGAAUCAGCACACCGAACAAUUCGACGCGUUUUGGAAACUCCAAGCUACCAGGAGAACAUGAAGCAGUUCUCGGCAGUAUUCCGUGAGCACCAGGAGACGUCCGUGGAUCGUGCCGUGUGGUGGGUGGAGUACGUGAUCCGCCACGAGGGGGCCCCCCACCUGCGCAGCGCAGCCCGGAGCCUGAGGUGGUGGCAGCUGCUGCUGCUGGACGUCAUAGCCUUCAUACUGGCCGCCACGUUUGUCGCCGUGUUUCUACUCUACAAAGCGGUCCGCUGGCUCUUAACUGCACAGAACCGGGCACAGAAGCAGAAGACCAAAUGACACAGAUACACUGUUCUUUUUUCUGCUCGUAAUUGGCCGCAUCCAAUAUUGUAAAACAGUUCGUUUCCAAAAGAAAAUGCAGUAUGAUUUUAUUUUAUGUACUUAUUUAUUCAUAUUUUGUAGCACGUCUGCUUAUGUGACCCAGAAUCGUGGAACAUGUCGUCAAAUAUUCGAAAGUUUAAAACUGAAAAGAACACUCACAAAUAUUUAUAACUGAACAAUAAAAUUUUAUAAUGAAAAUAAAAUCUUUUAUAAUAAUUA